GGUUCUAGGCUCUCACUUGGCAGCACGGGCAGGCGAGUGGCCCCUGGUUCCAGGAGAAGAACAGCAGUGCCCCCAGCCCUGGUUUUCCAGCCCAGAGCCUCGCCUGCCCACAGCGCACCAGGAUGGCCACCAUCACCUGCACCCGAUUCACAGAAGAGUACCAGCUCUUCGAGGAACUGGGAAAGGGAGCCUUCUCCGUCGUGCGCAGGUGUGUGAAGGUGCUGGCUGGCCAGGAGUAUGCUGCCAAGAUCAUCAACACCAAGAAACUCUCAGCCAGAGACCAUCAGAAGCUGGAGCGUGAAGCUCGCAUCUGCCGCCUGCUGAAGCACCCCAACAUCGUCCGGCUCCAUGACAGCAUCUCCGAAGAGGGACACCAUUACCUGAUCUUCGACCUGGUCACUGGUGGGGAGCUGUUUGAGGACAUCGUGGCCCGGGAGUAUUACAGUGAGGCUGAUGCCAGCCACUGCAUCCAGCAGAUCCUGGAGGCUGUGCUGCACUGCCACCAGAUGGGGGUGGUACACCGGGACCUGAAGCCGGAGAAUCUUCUGCUGGCCUCCAAGCUCAAGGGCGCCGCGGUGAAGCUGGCAGACUUUGGCCUGGCCAUAGAGGUGGAGGGGGAGCAGCAGGCAUGGUUCGGGUUCGCAGGGACCCCUGGAUACCUCUCUCCAGAAGUGCUGCGGAAGGACCCGUAUGGGAAGCCCGUGGACCUGUGGGCCUGCGGGGUCAUCCUGUACAUCCUGCUAGUUGGGUAUCCCCCGUUCUGGGAUGAGGACCAGCACCGCUUGUACCAGCAGAUCAAAGCCGGUGCCUAUGAUUUCCCAUCACCAGAGUGGGACACUGUCACCCCAGAAGCCAAGGAUCUGAUCAACAAGAUGCUGACCAUCAACCCGUCCAAACGCAUCACGGCCGCCGAGGCCCUCAAGCACCCCUGGAUCUCGCACCGGUCCACCGUGGCCUCCUGCAUGCACAGGCAGGAGACCGUGGACUGCCUGAAGAAGUUCAACGCCAGGAGAAAACUCAAGGGAGCGAUCCUCACCACGAUGCUGGCCACCAGGAACUUCUCUGGAGGGAAGAGUGGAGGAAACAAGAAGAAUGACGGUGUGAAGAAAAGAAAGUCCAGUUCCAGCGUUCAGUUAAUGGAAUCUUCAGAGAGCACCAAUACCACCAUUGAGGAUGAAGACACCAAAGUGCGGAAACAGGAAAUUAUAAAAGUGACAGAGCAGCUGAUUGAAGCCAUAAGCAAUGGAGAUUUUGAGUCCUACACGAAGAUGUGUGACCCCGGGAUGACUGCCUUCGAACCCGAGGCCCUGGGGAACCUGGUCGAGGGCCUGGACUUCCAUCGAUUCUAUUUUGAAAACCUGUGGUCCCGGAACAGCAAGCCGGUGCACACCACCAUUUUGAACCCCCACAUCCACCUGAUGGGCGACGAGUCGGCCUGCAUCGCCUACAUACGCAUCACGCAGUACCUGGACGCCGGCGGCAUCCCUCGCACGGCCCAGUCCGAGGAGACCCGCGUCUGGCACCGCCGGGACGGCAAAUGGCAGAUCGUCCACUUCCACAGAUCCGGGGCGCCCUCUGUCCUGCCCCAUUGAAGGACCGGGCUGGGGCGCAGCGCCGCAGAGAGCUACUCUUCAGCCUUGGAAUGUCGCUGCUGUUUCUCCCACCUUGGAUUUUGCUGGAAUUCCCCCAACCACAUCACUCUGCUACCACCACCACUGCUGUCACCUUCAUACCUGCGGCAAGAAAACUUGCCCCCCAAAGCCUCCACGUCUUCAAAGCAAACGGCCACAUUUCCCUGCCUCCGGCCUGGCACUCUCAGUCUCUGUCCCCAGCCAGGGCAGAGCUUCCUCAGGCCUGGGUGCCCUGCAUGCGGGCCCCCAGGACCCCCCCC